GUGUUAACAGACGGGUAUAGUGGAUGCCAAGACGCCACGCCUCGUAUUUCAUUAGGCAAAAACCGCAUGUUAAACCCCAAUCGAGAUCAAAUUUGAAGUUUCCAUUGAUCCUCAAUAGAGCUUAAUUAGUUCCUUGCUGCAGAGAAAAAAUGGAGAAUUUGCGAAGGGCACUUCUCUUCACCAUUCCUCGAAUCAUCAAUUCAUCUAAAACAGCAUCUGUUGCAACUUCCACACUCCAGUCUCACAAUCUCUACAGGCCUUUAGCUGGAACAUUUUCGCGUUUUAUUUCUUCUAAUGAGACUUCAUCGCCGAUAAAUAUCGAUUUUUCUGACGAAGAGAGCAAAAGACGUUUGUUUAACAGGCUUAUUUAUCGCAGUAAACAAAGAGGAUACCUGGAGCUAGACCUUGUUCUUGGCAAAUGGGUGGAGGAACAUAUACAAUCCAUGGACGAAAAUGGAAUUAAGUCCCUUGUUCAUGUCCUUGACCUGGAGAAUCCAGAUUUGUGGAAGUGGCUGACUGGUCAGGAGCAACCCCCAGAUGCAAUAAGCACAAAUCCUGUGUUUUCUGCUGUGCGUGAAAAGGUUAUGAACAACCUUAACAAUCAUUCUUCUCCCGAGACUCGUGCUGUUCCAGGAAAACCUUGGGUGAGAGGGUGGGAUGAUAUCAAGAAAGGCCGAGAUGCACCUAUAGCUGGGAACCAGUAGUUAUUUUUCUGGUUGACGGUGUCAAAGAACAACUGAUUUGUAGUCUUGUAUAGGGACUCGUUAUUACUAUGUAUGUUUUUUACUUAAUAAAUAAUAGGAUCUCAGUUCUGUUUGAAUAAUGCCUCAGUAAAAGCAUUUCUUUGGUUAGCUUAUGUAAUUGCUACAUAACUAUCACUGGAACAUUAUAAUAGCUUGAUUGCUACAUAAUUAUUAUUGGAAUAUUAUAAUAGCUUGAUUU